AUGGCUGGAACUCAAGCAGAAAGUGUAAUCAAAAAUAUUAUCCGAGAAAUUGCCCAGGAGUGUGCUGCAAAAGGACAAGGAGUAUCAGAAACUUUGGUGGCUUUCAUGGUAAAAGCCAUUGUUUUAAAUCCUAACAGUGGCUUCAAUGUUGACCGGACACUUACCAAAGAGGAUGUGCAGACAUUAAUCAAGCUGUGUGUGUCCAGUAUUUUGGACACCAAAUCCCCAUCACUUGACACUAUCAAGAUGCAAGUGUAUUUUGAUAUGAAUUACACAUCCAGAAGUCUGUUCUUGGAGGAGCAUCGUCGAGUACUAGAAUCACGUCUGCACCCAGUGAUAAGAGAAAUUACUGACACUCGAGCCCAGACCCGGGAAGAAAUUGAGACACUUUAUCGAAAGAUUGUAACUGCAGUUUUACUUCGAUCUGGAUUGGGCAGCCCAACUGAUAUUUCAGUUGUCAGAGAAGCUACAGCUUCUCUACAAAGUAUCUUCCCUCAAACAGAGGUGCUAACGUUUAUGUCUUUACCAAAGAAAGAUAAAGAACGGCAGUUGUUGGAGCUUACCAUGAUCUGUACAGGCAUACGUCUUUUCAACAAGGAAUGUGGUAAAGGAGGAGAAGGCAUUGAUGAUUUACCUGCCAUUUUGAAUGCUGCUGUGCCACAGACCUCCAAUACCAUAGAAGAUAAUAUUAAAACAACUCUUGUCUUUAUUGACAAAUAUACAGCAAUUCUAGAAAAUGUCUUGGUGAAGAAGAGGAAAGUUGUCCAUACUGAGAUAAUUGCUGGUUUUCUUGUCUUACUAAUCGUCACUGGAUCUAUCUAUCUAUCUAUCUAUCUAUCUAUCUCUUCAUUAUUUAACUCUCUAUAUCUAUCUAUCUAUCUAUCUAUCUAUCUAUCUAUCUAUCUAUCUCUUCAUUAUUUAACUCUCUAUAUCUAUCUAUCUAUCUAUCUAUCUAUCUAUCUAUCUAUCUAUCUAUCUAAUGAUGUUAUCAGCUGUGCACGUUUGGUUGAAGCUUACCAGGAGCAGUUAAAAUCUCGUCUGGAUCAAUUGCAAAACACAGUUCAGGCUAAGGCAGCUGUCCCUACAGCUCAAGUCUAUCCACAAUUCAUUCAUUUGGCUCAGCUGUGGAGUGGUUUGCAAGAUGAAAUGGUUCUUUUGAGUGUUCUGAGCAAUAUCACAGCUAACCUGUCUCCAUUCUCUCAAGUUCACAAGAAACUUUUUCCUGAAGAAACAUUGGCACAGAUCUUGAGUGAAGAUGUUGUCAAAUCAGACCAGCAACGAAUGGAUGAAGCUACAAGUGGCAUUGAACAGUCACUGAUUAGUCCCUUCAAAGAUGUUCAUUGGUUAUUUCCAGAAAAUACUACAAAUUUUGGGAAAUUAACUUUGGAAUACAGGGGUUUUUGUGGUGUCACACUAUCUGUUUAUGAGGGAUUACUUCUCCUUGGGAAUCCAAAUAUUGGUGUGGCCAAAUACAAAGAUUGUUACUACACUUUUGCCUCAAAAGAAGCAGCUUUUGCAUUUGCAAAAGACCCUGAAAAGUUUAUUUUGUGUGUUGGUGAAAUUGCCAAAUAUAAUCCUGAAUUGAUCCAACUUUUACAACUUCACAGUCAGUUCUCCACCAUAACUCCUCAGGGUAAAGAUGCUCGUGACAAUCUGCAAAAAGCGAUUAUUAAAUGUGACAGCGGCACCCAAACUGAUACACACUUUAUGGAAUCAAAUAUUGUCAAGUCUUACGAAUGGAAUGAAUGGGAAUUGCGAAGAAAAGCCCUUAAAUUGACAAAUUUAAGGCAGAAAUUGACACACUCAAUGCAGACAGACCUCAGCAACUUUCGACGUGACUCUGAAACUCAAGUCUACUUACCAAAAACCAAAGAGACCCAGACCAAAGUCGAUCGCUAUAGUAACGUCCCAAAACCCCAGGUGUUCAUUGCUGGUCUUCGUGGAUGCAGAACAGGAGAGCCAACAGCUAUAACCAAAAUGGACCUUACACUCGAUGUAGAUUAA